AUGUCCGACAAGAAUGAAUGGGAGGGAAGAGCGCAACACACGGGUGCCGGUCCUCCGACCCCAUCGAGUCCCGGCCAAUGGCAACAGUUAUCGCACACACCGGGUGUUGGUGUGCGUCAAUCAACCAAUACUUGGCUGCCGCCCACACCUACCAGUCCCGCACUACAGCAGUUACAGAUACAUUGCUCCGGGUGGUAUCAGGUAAAUACCGGGGCAAUAAAUAGGUAUCCCACGUCCGCCAGCCGACAGCUAUUCACCGACACCCGGCUUCAAAUAGCCAGCACUUCAGUGGCUCAGCAGUCAUUGCCCGCUGCGGUGCCACCAGUGACACCAGCGCCCGGGCCUGGCUAUCCAGAACGGACCGGUCGCACCCCUACCGGCUAUAUUCUGCGCCCGAUGGGUCGCCUACUGAACAUUUACGAAGAGGUGUCCGCCGAAGGCUACCCGCGGGGGCGGGGUGGGCUGAGUCGACUGUUGCCCCGUACGGCUGAUGGCCUGCUAAAUGACAAAACGGUCAGAGAUUUGGCUAAACUGCGGGCUCUGGGCUUUGAUGUGAGCAAAUUUGAGCGUGAUGAGAAGUUAGGCGAGGGCUCCUAUAGCAAGGUGUUUAUGGGCGCCUAUACAGGACAAGUAUGUGCGAGUAUUAUUUGUAACAAGCUCAGUUUUUGCCAGCCGCCACUCGGAGCCGAUACCUGGCGGGUGCAAAGCCGGGACAGAUAUUUGCCGCUAAGCCAACGAGUUAUACUCCAGCCGUCGGUGUCGGGCCACCAAUUGCCCGAUAUUGUCUCCUAUAGGCGCAUGUUUUUGAUCAUGGAGUACGGCGACCAGGGUAGUUUGGAUCAUUUUGCAUAUCAUCGUAAACUAAACGAUCGGUUAACAGUGCAAUUUACUGGCGAGUUGUGCUCAGCCAUGGCUUACAUGCACUACAACGGUGUCGCGCAUCUGGACUGUCAUACAAACAACAUAAUGGUGUUCAGCGCACCGGGCGGUCAGUUCACAGUGAAAUACAUCGAUUUCGGUCUGAGCCUGUCGUGUCCGCUAUACGCCAAGUUGGGCGUACAGGUGUGGGGCAGUGAGUGGCGAAAAAUGGCCAUGAUGAACAUGUCGGAAAUGGCCAAAGUGUUGCAUUACAUGCUGGACAAGUGCGGUAGAAGUAGGUUAAAUACCGGCGCCGACCUGAGUCAGGUGAGGGCAAUGGCCAGCGAACUGUUUACCACAAAAAAGCACAUGUUUGAUGUGAUCAAGAGCUAUACAUUUUAG